AUGAUUCGGGAUAGAAAUCUGAAGAUGGGAGAUGAAACGGUUGAUGGUAUCGAAGCAAAGUACAUCUCUGGUCUCAGCGCCGUAAUGGUUGCCACAAUCCAGGAAGCCAAGGACAGAAUAUCUCAGAUCGAGUACAUUUUCUGCAGCCAGCUGUACCCAAACUUUCAAUCCAAAUCCAAAGCCUUUGAAAAAGUUUACUCAGAUGCUCGUCUCGCUGCUUGUGAUGCCUGGAAAGAGAGAGAGAACACCAUGUCAUCCCAGAUCGAGGAGCUUAAGCUUGAGAAUCAGCACAUCAAGUCUGAGAAUCUGGCCUUGAUCAAGGACAAGGAGAAGCUAUCUGCAGAACUCGAUAAGCUCGUUUCUGUGCCUUUGAGACUCAAGAGUCUAGAAGACUACGUUGAUCAUUCAAAACUGAAGUCGAGGAAUAGAUGUGAACAAGUUCAGAAUUGCGUAGAUCUGUACACUGGGCUGGUACAGGUUUUGAAGGUUAAGGGUUCGGAUGAGCUCAGCGGAGAUGGGAUAAAGAUGCUUCUUUCCGAAGUCAAGAGCCUUAAGCUAAAGGCGGAGUCUCUUCAAGAGGAACUUUCCAAGAAAACAUUGGUGACUGAGAAUCUCCUGAAGAAACUGGAGUAUCUGUCUACAGAAGUCGAGGACAGCGAGAAGAAGUCAAGCAGAGUUGAAGAGGAGAAACAAAGAUUGACAACUAGGUUGCAGGUUUAUGAGGAGAAUGUCGGUAGGCUAGAAGAGCUGCUAUGUCAGAAAAGUGAUGAGCUUGAGGAAGGGAAGACGGCUCUUGAGGUUUUGCAAGGUAAACUCAACUUGACAGAGAGGCAAAUGUUGGAAUGUAAACAAAAGAUCGCAGAUCAUGAGAAAGAAAAGACAGUUGUUAUGGGUAAAGCAAAGGCUUCUGGGGAUGAAGUUGGUGAUAUGAAUAUGCAGGUCAAAGAUGGAACUUACUUGGCUGAGUUAGAAGCUUUACGUUGCCAAAGGGAGGAGAAAUCAUUUGAGUUAGCUACGGAGAUAAAGAAGAGAAAAGACACCCUCACUGCUUACAAGAAGCUCAAGUCCCAAUAUAGUUUUCUCUGCAAUAGGUUUGGUCUUACUACGGAGAGUGCUCUUCACCAAAGCAGCAGCCUUCAGGAUGAGACUAACCAGAUGGGACAACAUGAGAGACCAGCCAUCUCAAGUUCUCUUGAAAGGAAACAAUCAGAAGCUGCUGAAGGAGCAGACAAAGCGAGGAUUGGUACUGGCUCAAGUAACAGCUGUGAGAAAGAGAGUAUAAUCAAAACGGUGCAGACACCGGUUACUUCCAUUUCACCCAUUGUGCGGUCACCUGGUCUUAGAAGUGACCCUUCUGCUGCAAAAUCUCUACAGAUAAGUGGAUUAAAGCGUCCAGCUUCCAUUUGGAGAGACACAAGGUCUCGACAAUCACCAGGAGGGUAUGAUCCUCAUGAUGAUUUUCUAGACACUCCGAUUGAGAAUGUCAAAAGGGUCGCUGGGGAAGAAAAACAUGUUGAGGAUGUUGAUAACAAAGAUGAUUCAGACGAGGAGACACAGGACAUGAAUCCUAAGCCGAGUCCAUCAAGGCAGCGAAUUCAAGUUGCAGAAACGAGUAAAAAGGGUUUCAAGCAUGUGGAAUCUGUUAGGAGAAAAGCAGAGAGGGAGAAUUUGAAAGGGAUAGAGUGUAAACAGUGCAAGAAGUUCUACGAUGCUGUUCAUCCUGAGAAUAAAGGAAAUGGUAAAAGCAUGAGGUGUGAGCAUCAUGAAGGUGUGUCGAGGCAUCGCUACAAAUACGCUCCGCCAAUGACUCCUGAAGGUUUCUGGAACAUCGGGUUUGAAUCCGAAAUGUGAUAUCUGUAUUCUUUACAUUCGUUCCAUGUUAUGUAACUCACUUUGGAUACGAAAUAGAAACACUAUACUAAAUAGUUUGUAUCUGCUCAGUAGAAAAACAAAUACUUUUCUCACAUUAUUAUUUAUAUAAUCAACAACACAAACACAUUUAUGCUACUAAGUAC